UGUCAACAAACUAAAACAGCGACGAAUCGACAACUUGGACUAUCUUCACGCAUCAAGUGCAACAUGCAUUACUAUCGGACUUGAGACAGAAUGGAAACAUGUUACUGAUUUUUUAAACAGCGUUUUGGACCGAAAGCAAACUCCCGUCGUGAUUGUAUUGUUGACUUAGUUGCUUGAAAGCUAGCUAAGUUAGCAGGAGAGCGUCUGUAACACAGGUUAACUGGUUAAGCAGCCAGUCUAGCUCUGCUAGUUACAACUUUUUGUCAUUCUCCUAUCUGUGGUUCCAGCCAGCAAAGCGUUUGGACAGUUCGGAGCCUCCCCAGCUUCUCACCAUGGCUGACAGCAGCAUAGUGACUUUAGGGACAGCUCGGAGUCUGCUGGUGGAUUCUUCAGUCUAUGAUUCGAGGAUCGCUGAAACCACUAAGGACCAUGUAUUUCUGGGCAUGGCAUGUGAAGACGGGGAAGAUAUGCUGCCAAAAGUGGAGACCCGGGUUGUUCUGGUGGGAGAAGCGGGGAGAAAUGGAGCUCUGGUCAAAGCCCUGCAGGCCAUCAGAGUAAUGGAGGUACCGGUGGUAAAGAUAAGAGGAGGCGAGGCGGGUGCCGAGGAGAAAAUGAUGAUUAAAUCUAUAGUCAAUAUGGACAUCAACACUCCGUGUAUACUGACAGACAACAUCCAGGAGAUCGGCGACGGAGAGAAUACUGAUUUCGAGACGGUGUUCGUCCUCACAGACUUUGAUUCGCCAGACUACAGCUACCUCUACAAACGUGACAACCGCAUCGUCGGCCCUCCUGUAGUGCUGCACUGUGCUGCGAGGGAGGAACCUGUCCCGUUUUCAUGUCGUCCUCUGUACUGCACCACUAUGCUCAACCUGUCGCUGUGUUUCACUGGCUUCAGAAACAAAGAGGAAAUGAAGAACUUGGUGAAUCUGGUUCAUCACAUGGGUGGAACCAUCCGAAAAGACUUCAGCACCAAGGUUACUCAUCUCAUCGCCUACUCCACUCAUGGAGAGAAAUACAGGCUGGCAGUGUGUAUGGGGACACCCAUCCUCACCCCAUUAUGGAUUCAUAAGGCCUGGGAGAGAAGAGACGAUGUGUCAUUACAUGCAGGAGAAGAGGUGUUUCGAACAGAGUUCAAAGUGCCUCCAUUCCAGGACUGCAUCCUCAGCUUUUUGGGUUUCUCAGAAGAAGAGAAGGCCAACAUGGAGGAGAGGACUCUCAAACACGGUGGCAGCCACCUCGAGGUGGGAGACGAGAGGUGUACACACAUGGUGGUGGAGGAAAACUCAGUGAAGGAUCUUCCGUUUUCUCCCUCCAAGAAACUCUUUGUGGUCAAACAGGAGUGGUUCUGGGGAAGCAUUCAGAUGGACGCUCGAGCCGGAGAGUCCAUGUACCUCUAUGAGAAGAACGACAGCCCGGCCAUGAAGAAGGCGGUGUCUCUCCUCUCCCUCACCACCCCCAACAGUAACCGUAAGCGAAGGCGUCUGAGGGACACGCUGGCUCAGCUCACCAAGGAGACAGAGAUCUCCCCCUUCCCUCCGCCACGCAAAAGGCCUUCAGCAGAGCACUCCUUGUCCAUGGGUUCUCUGCUGGACAUCUCAAACACCCCCGAGACAUGCAAGGCCUUGGCAGAAGACACAGUAGGGAACAGAUCAGGAAGACAAGGAGAUGAUACUAUGACCAGGAAUACAAGAAGGAAAAGCAGGCAGAGGAGGAUUAGGACAGACAGGAAUGAGAGGAGGAAAAGGUCCUACAGGAGUUCAGGUUCUCUUCAACAGCUAGAGGAGCAGCAGCCAGGAACUUCUGCAGAGAGCUCCAAGCCAUCCAAGAGUUCCACCCCAGUCCUGUCCAAGCAGUCGGCCAGGUGGCAGGUCUCCAAGGAGCUCUACCAGACCGAGAGCAACUAUGUGGACAUUUUAAACACCAUACUACAGCUUUUCAAGCUUCCACUGGAGAAAGAGGGGCAGGUGGGAGGACCAAUCCUGGCCCAGGAAGAAAUGAAGACAAUAUUUGGUUGCAUCCCAGACAUCUACGAGGUUCACACCAGGAUAAAGAGUGACCUGGAGGAGAUGCUCAGUGAUUGGUCAGAGGAUAAGAGUGUAGGAGACAUCAUCCUCAAAUAUUCUGAAAAGUUGGUGAAGGCCUACCCACCAUUCGUCAACUUCUUUGAAAUGAGCAAGGAGACCAUUGUCAGAUGUGAGAAACUAAAGCCACGAUUCCACGCCUUUCUCAAGAUCAACCAGGCCAAGCCAGAGUGUGGCAGACAGACAUUAGUGGAGCUGCUCAUCAGACCUGUGCAGAGACUGCCGAGCGUGGCUCUCCUUCUUAACGACAUAAAGAAGCAUACGUCAGAUGACAACCCAGACAAGAUAACCCUGGAGAAAGCUAUUGAGUCUCUGAAAGAAGUGAUGACUCACAUCAACGAGGACAAGAGGAAGACUGAGGGUCAGAAGCAGAUCUUUGAUGUGGUUUAUGAGGUGGAUGGCUGUCCUGCCAACUUGCUGUCCUCUCAUCGCAGUCUGGUUCACAGAGUAGAAACAAUCGCUCUGGGAGACCAGCCAUGUGACCGUGGUGAAAAUGUCACACUCUUCCUCUUCAACGACUGCCUCGAGAUUGCGAGAAAGCGACACAAAGUGAUCAAUACGUUCAAGAGUCCGCUGGGACAGACGAGACCGCCACCCCCCCUCAAACACAUCGCACUGAUGCCGCUGUCCCAGAUACGCAGAGUGCUGGACCUGCAGGAUACAGAGGAAUGUGUGAAUGCCUUCGCCUUGGUCGUGCGCCCUCCAACUGAACAAGAGAACUUAUUGUUCAGCUUCCAACUGGCCGGAGAGGAAACGGUUAAAAGCGCCUGGCUGCGAACACUUUGCCGCCACGUCGCCAACACCAUCUGCAAGGCUGACGCGGAGGAUCUGAUUCAGUGCACAGAUCCAGACUCACUGCAGGUCAGCACUAAGGAUAUGGACAGCACCCUGAGCAAAGCCUCCAGAGCCAUCAAAAAGACCUCUAAAAAGGUCACAAGGGCGUUUUCUUUCACAAAAACCCCGAAGCGUGUGAUUCAGAGGGCCUUCCUAGCCAACACUACUCCAGAUGAGAAAAGGCUGAGUUGUGAACACCGUGUCGGCAGCAGCUCCACACUGGCUAUGUCUCGCUCUGCCUCCACGUUCAGUUUGAACGAUUCUGGCAAGAGCAGCGCCGUGGUGCAGCGCUCUAACUCUCUGGAUCACCCUCCGGUCCGAGCAAGGGUCCCCGUGUGUGUACGUACCCCCUGCAGCCCUGCCCAAAACCCCAACCAUAGCCCCGGCCCCAACACUGCCCCUCACAGCAACCAAGGCCUUGCUGCCAGUUAUUACCCCAAGGUCCAAGAACCCAAGUCCACUCUUCACGCUCCAUUACCAACCCAACCAGCAAAGCUUCAGUCCACCUCUUCAACUGCUCCCACCUCCACUUCCACUCCAUCUGCCCGAAACUCCACCCAACUCAAUUCUAAAAGCUCCCAGCUGAAAUCUGGCCGGUACACAUCCAGACACCUGCCCUCUGUAGGGUUCCAGCCGAGGGGCCCGGCUCCUCAUACUGUCGAUGUCAAAGGCAGAACCUUUACUGAGCCACCCAAGGAUACCAAAGUCCCCUUGGACCUACGCAAGGCAGUCCUGACCAGUCCUCGCAGGGAGACUCUGCUCUAAACCCCUGCUAAAAGCCCAGCCCUGGAGUAUGAUGCACGCCAUUCCCCCUCCAUGGUCAACCUGCCUUCCAUGUUUGAGAGGAAGUACCACACAUUCAGUCGAUCGACGACCCACCUUAUAUGAGAUUCGGCUGCUCUGGAUUUUGCUGCUACAACAGCAAGAUCUGACCAGACGGGUCUGAGUGUAUAAAGUUAAAACUACCCGUAAAGUAUGGCAAACAGGUACUUGUCCAUACUGAAGCUCUGCACUGACUGUCCACACCCAGAAGACGUGGGGUUGAACUGUAUUGGGAAACUGCACUGAAGCUAUGUCAGUCUGAUAUGUGGCAGUAUCAGAACUGUCCAAUUCAAGUGCUUCACAGCUGAUAAUUGGACUAGUAGCAUUUAAACAAUUAACCAGUCGUUCAUCAACGUGUCACCUAUCAUGUGACACAUCAGCUGCAAUGAGUCAAACAUGCACAAUGCUUGAAUUGAGUGUAUUAUUAGGCGCUGACUGGAACGGUACUGCACCAUGCGAGGGGUAACUGGUAUCUUGAAAGGUCUACCGUACCUUGACGAAAUGAAGGAUCUACUCUACUCUUUGUCUGCAUUUGUUAAUGGGUGUUGGUUUGUUGUUCUUGUACUUUUACCAGACACUUGUUACAUUGUUUUGCUCUUAUGAUGCCUGUUCAGCUUUGUUAGCAUUGUACAGCAUGUUAACUCUAAUUGCAGACCAAGUAAACACCAUGUCUGUCUGUCCCUGGAUGCUAGUUUAACUUCACUGUGCCUCGGUAAAGUCAAAUAACUCUUCUUAAAUAUUGAGGUGUAUCUGUUUAACAAAUGCAGGCUGCUAAGAUAGUUGUGUUUUAUGUAGUAGUAAUGUUAAGAAGGUUGACCUCUUCUUCCCUUUACUGCGUUAUGCCUUUUUUUUUUUUUUUUUUUUUUUAAUUAACUUACUCUCUGAGAGACCUUUUGUAUUAACUGACAUUUAAGGUUUUUAUUGUAGUGGGGUAGACUUAAUUUCACCUAAUAUAAUAAUAUUAUUGUAAUUAACCCACCCCCUGUUGGCCUCCAGCUUUUAUAAAGCUUCUAUUUUAACUCGUUUGAUUUAAGAGGUGAGGUCGAGGAAAAUAAAAGCACGCAAUGACAACUUCCUGUUCCCGCACGCCCGUCCACCUUUUUUUUUUUAAAAAGAUCUUUUUACAUUCUUUAUCCUGUCUGUGUGAACGUUCAAGAAGGGAUGCUGUAUCAGUGUGCAUAUAUAUCAUUGAAUAAUAGAUUUUAUAUUCGUUUUUUCUUCUUUUAUUCCCCCUCUUUCUAUUUAUGUUGUUUCCACUUUUUAUAUUUGUUGUUUCUCUGAUGCUGUUUUUGUCUCCUGUUGUUUAAUCUCUUGUAUUAAAUGCACUUAAACAUG